AUGCGACGACUUAUGCUUACACUGUUCUUGACAGUGCCAUCCAGCGCUACCGAAGCGCAGAUCCACCUCAAUGGCAAAAAGGCUUACGGUAUUUACGUGACAUCCGGAAUGGGCUACAGGAACGACAAGACAUCUGGAGUUGCCACCGGCGACGCUUCAGAAGGCAUCUAUGCAGUCCUGGACGGAACACACUAUAAUGGUGGCUGUUGUUUUGACUACGGGAAUGCGGAGACGAGCAACAACGACACUGGUGCGAGCCAUAUGGAAACUGUCUACUUCGGCAACCGUAAAGGUCGACAGUCAGGUGCUGGGUCCGGUCCAUGGAUCCUAGCCGAUCUCGAGAACGGGCUCUGGGCCAGCUCAUCAAGUGCGAGUUCUUUCUUUGGUAAUCCGACCAUUGACUAUCGAUUUGUGACUGCUAUCGUCAAAGGCGAGCUGGGUAAUCACUGGUCUAUUCGUGGCGGUGAUGCGGGUGCUGGUAGCACUCUGUCGACAUUCUGGAGUGGUGGUCGUCCCGCAGGCUACAAUCCGAUGCAUAAGGAGGGUGCUAUUGUGCUUGGCGUGGGAGGCGAUAAUAGUAAUUUUGCUGUUGGCACCUUUUACGAAGGAGCCAUGACUCAAGGCUACCCUUCCGACCAGACGGAGAACGCAGUACAGGCUGACAUUGCGGCUGCCAAGUAUUCUACUUAG